UCCGGGGAUCAGACAUGGAGUGCGAGCAGCUCAGAGACAUCGUGCAGAACUUCAGGGUCCAUCCUCAGAGCGCCCAGGGCUAUAACCGGGUGCUGCUGCAGCUCUUCGGGUAUUUGGGGCACGGAAAAUCCUCCUUCAUCAACUCCUGUAAGUUUGUCCUGGACGGGGAGUAUAAGAUAAUCGCUGAGGCCGGAAUAAAAGACGGCGGUCUAACCAUGGAGAGAAAGUCCUACAGAGUAACGGACUCCAUCACCCUGGUGGAUAACAGAGGCUUCGGGUUCAUGAACGACUUCGAGAAAAUCGAAGUUUGCGCCCAGCUGGGUAAUUUCCUGCCUCUUGAUGAGACGGUGGUUUGGAGAGAGGAUUUUGGUGACAUAGUGGCGAGGAUAGAGGACGCGGACAUGGAUCCCAAUUACUCCGAUUAUACUGUCCCCGUAUUUAUUUACAGUGUACAGAAGAUGAUACACACGGAGGAAGAGUAUGAGGUGAAACGUUUCCUAAAAGUGUGCCAAGAAAUGACAGGAAUCGUCCCGAUUGUCGUCCUCACCCAUAAAACCAGCGGAAAUUACAUCGCGAUGGAACAGAAGUUCAAGUGCCUGGGAGCAGAGGUGGUGAUUGGGGUGGAAAAUUACACCAGUGACGACCAUCGGAAAACUCGAGGAAAGCACAUGGGUAUACUGAACAUUCUGAAGAACGCGCUGGAAGACGUUCAGUUUCAUGUAAAUUGCUAUAGAGAUCUAAGACGGGAACGGAUAGAACGCAAGAAAUUUCUGCUGAGAAUGGUCCAUGAUAGCGUUACGGCCAAAAAACAGAAGGAGGACAUGGAACGGGAAGAGGCCAGUAGGAGGCCUCAUCACAGGUAUAGUGUCUUGUUCGGGCUACAUGAAAGGCACAGUGGAAAAGGACAACCGACCUCUCAGAGGCUUGAGACAGAGCCCAAAUCUACCUGUGAGAUACUAUAAUAAAUUCGUGCCGCUAGCA